CCGAGCCGCCACCGACGCGUCGCGAGUCCUCCUAACCCAACCGGAGACGGGAGAGACCCGGCUCCGCCGCGCGCCGCCGACCAUGUCCCUGGCGGCUAUCUUCGUCUUCCUCCUCGUCUCCGCGCUGCAGCUGCUGGACCGCUACCUUAGCCUCGCCAGGAAGAGGGGAUCACAUACUGAUGAGCAGCUCAAACUGCGGCUAGAAAUCAAGCAACUCUUGAAGGAGGCUGAUCAGCUAUCAACGCCCUCCACGUUUGCUCAAGCUGCAAAGCUCAAGCGGCUGGCUGCUGCCAAGGAGAAGGAGCUGGCGAAAAUACAGGAACAGGAUAUUAAAGGGAAGCAAUCCUUAUAUGACCAAUACGGAAGACUUCUGUUGAUUACUAAGGUACUUAUUUAUGCUGUGUUCGUUCUGUGGUUUUGGAGUACUCCUGUAACUACAGUUCCACAACAUCUUCUACAACCCUUCGGAAAGAUGUUUUCCUGGAGAGGUGCUGAUUCUGCUACAGGCCAUGUUGUGGUUGGAGUACUCCCAUGGAUAUUUCUGGCUUCUCGAGUCAGCAAGUUGCUGUGCCAAAAAUUCGACUUCAUACUUCUGCGUCCAUAGCUCAUUUCCAGGAGUCAGCUUUCCCUGAUCAAAUCAAUUUCAACCUGACUAGAUUUUUGUAUUUCCACUUCUUCAUUUCUUGUCCAUUUUGUAGACGUAACUGUUGUGCUUAUGUGCUGAAUGUACGCACAUAAAACAAAGUGGUUGAUGUAGAACUGAGGGGGCAGUAUCCUUUUCUUCCCAGUACCCUCUUCCCCUUUUCUUCCUUUCACUAGCCGUGAGCCUCGGAAGUGUGUUGUUUUUGUUUUGGGUUGUAAUUGGUCCACUUUCAUCUUCUUAAUACUGCGUGUUCGAUGGGAAAAAGGCAUAACUGUGGAUGAGA